AUGUUCGACAUCAAGUUAAUCAUCCUGGUUGCCCUGACCAUUUCCCUGGUGCAAAGUUGCUCUAUUGAGGAACCCGAGGAACCUAGUGGUUGUGGAUGUGGCAGGAGUUCUCCAUGUGGAUGCUCCAGACCUUGCGGAUGUGGAUGUGGAUGCAGGCCCUGUCGUUGUCCCCCUUCUUGUGGGUGUGGCUGUCAAGAUUAG